AUGGAGAGACAACCAGACUUUGCCAACCAAAAAUCAGCACUCAAAGAAAUAGUUGAAGGCAGUGGACACAAAUUUGAACUGUAUCCAAAAUACCACUGUGAAUGUAAUUGGAUCAAAAGAUACUGGGGAGCAGCCAAGAAAGAAGCACGACAUGAAUGUGAUUAUUCUUUUCAAUCAUUGAAUAGAAAAAUCAAUUCGUUUCUGGAUAGUGUUUGCCCACCAGAAGAUGAUGUCCCUGAAAAGAUUCGAAGAUACUUCCACAAAAGUUUUGCCUACAUCAAUGCCUACAGUCUUGGUCAUGAUGCUGAACAUGCAUUUGAAAUUGUAAAACAAUUUUUAAAGCUUCACAAAUCUCAUCAUUGUAUUAUUUUUGGAAAAUCAAAAUCCCUGAAUAUUUGUACUAGGGUUUUGACUAUGGUGUCUGAUUGUUUAUUUAGUAUGGCUCUUAAUAAACAAAAACGUGUGCAUACAUCUACCAUGACAAACAGGUAUAUGUUUCUGUUGUCAGUAGGUGUUAAGGGACGUAUCUCCUUAUUUUAUCCUACGGAGAGUUUGAAUUAG